AUGCCUCCAGAUGGUGAGCCUGGCUGCCUGGGAGAUGCUGUGAGAACAGUGAGCACUGGGAAGUGGGAGGCAGGGCCACUAGCUGAAUCAGUCUUCAUCCCUCUUAAACGCCCCUCCACCUGCUCCCCAGAGAUGCGCUCAUUGUGUCGGAGCAAUAAGGGCUUCAUCAGCCAUGUGGCGGCCCAAAUGCUCCCAUUGGCUGCAGACUGUGAGAACCUCCAGCAAACUCCAGACUCACACAUUCAUUAUGGAGAUUUGGGAUACACACAGCCAUGGCACAUUACAAUCACUGGAUCAAUCAUUAGCAGAGAACAACUUCCACUCUCAAACAAGCUGAGAAAGCCAAUAGUGGAGAAGAUCCGCAGAGAACGAAUCAACAGCAGCAUUGAGAAGCUCAAGUCUCUUCUGGGUCAAGAGUUCCUAAAGCAACAGCCCGACUCCAGACAGGAGAAAGCUGAAAUCCUGGAGAUGACGCUUGAUUUCUUGAGACGCCAGCAGUGCUCCCAGGAUCCCUCGGCCUGCAGUUCUACUGCAGCUCGUGACGGACGCUCCAGAUGUGUGCAGGAGGCCGUCAACUUCCUGUCACAGUGUCCAGUGCAGACGGAGUCCCACAGAAGACUGCUGAAGCACUUCCUGCACAUGCAGCGCUACACAGAGAACCACACACGUGUGCCGCCUCAGCUCAAUUCACCAGCUGCACAGAGCAGCAGCAAAGAGCAAACUCUGGUGCUCUGGAGACCCUGGUAGAGCCACCAGGACCCGUAUGAUUUAUCAGACAGAAUUCAUUAUGCCAGUGUGAGAUUGGCAUGGACUGUAAUUCUAACGUAGGAAUUGAUUUCCGCCUCUGCUGCUUAUGCAGGACCUUUAAUAUGCUUUCAGAGAAAGUUUGUGUUUCAUUGAAACUGUGUGACCAGUUAUAUGUGAUCAGAAUGUACAGAAUAAAUUGCCAUGUAAAAUUAUUUCAUUUGUGAAAAUUAAGAUUGAUAAAAACAUUCAAGUCUGAUUUAGACUUUGAGCUCUUGUAGCUCUUUCACCCAUAUUGGGUUUAUUCUCUCACUGCUUUCAUUUACUGAAAGCUUUUGAUGUAUAUUUCUGUUGUUUGAAAUACAUCUAAUGCUUUUCUUAUUAUAUAAGAAAUAUUUCUUCAUUUGAAGGAUAUUUGAUUGUGUGUUGAAAGCACAUAUGGUUGUUUUUAAUGUUUGCAUGUGUUUACAUGAAUGAGACAUUUCCCCUGUAAAGGGCAGUUGAAUAUUGUCACUGUUAGUGAUUUGAAUUUUACUCUUUGUAUUCAAAGUCAAGUUUUUACCUUCACUGAAGGUGUGUUCAGCAUUUGUAUAAUUAGUAAUAAUUAAUAUAAUCUGUGCAAUGUUUUGAAUGUUUUCUUCAUCAAUUGAAAUAAAUCAC